AUGCUAAAAUUCGCGGUGGUGCCUUGGAUCAUAAAGCCUGAACAGGCAGGUUCUGCCUCGCCGCGUCCGGUGAGAAGGGUACGGCCACGCGAGUCAUCGGCACCUUCGCUCCGAGCAGCCCGACCCAGGGAAACCACUUUUGGGGCCGACGUUGACGAUUCCGAUAUCGAACAAUCGUGGACGCCAUCGAUGAUUGGUACACAGGAGACGACCCUUACGAGGGGUACUUCUAUUAGAGGCACUGUCGGCCGAAUAUCCUCUGCAAAAUUGGCUGCCUUGGCUGCGAGAUUUGUGAAUGAGCCGACGGCUUGUACCUCGGCCGCUCCGUUGCACCAAAAAUCCCAUUUGGGUUCCACGCGGAAAAGUAGUGCUAAUGGAAAUGGUUAUGGUCCCAACCACAACUACACCACCCAACCCACCGCCAUCUCCAACGGCUACACGGUUAGCGCGACAAAUAACGCGUCCAUUAGCAGGUAUCCACAAGGCUCAUCCACUCGGGCCACUACACGCACUCUACCCGCCGUCACCAAUGGGUCGCCCAGGAAUUCGCUGGCCAGCUCCGGAUAUGGCGGAUCAAGUCCACCGCGAACAAGAAGAUCCCCACAUAGUCACAAGUCAAAUUCCCCAGUUGACGAGGGGGCAAUUGUGACGGUGCGUAUGAGGCCUGAUUCUCAGGGCCGGUUCGGAUUCAACGUUAAGGGCGGCGCUGACCAAAACUAUCCGGUGAUUGUCUCGCGAGUGGCUAGUGGAAGUUCGGCGGAUAAAUGCUUUCCAAGGCUUAAUGAAGGAGAUCAAGUGCUGAUGAUCAACGGGCGUGAUGUCUCUAUAAUGUCGCACGACCAGGUUGUCGCCUAUAUCCGGUCAGCCAGAACGAUGCCGAACGGAGGAGAAUUGAUCCUAACAAUCAAGCCUAAUGUAUACCGAUUGGGAGAUGAAGCCCCGGAACCCGAUGCUUCCUGCCAACCCGAACCGCUCCGAGUCGCCGAUACCGUACCACGUUCCGACAAAUUAUCCCAUUCACUACGUAUCCUGGGCGAAAGUCUGAAAAAUGGAUCUAUUGUCACGCAAUUUGAGCAACUCUAUCGCCGCAAACCCAAUCUGUCAAUGAACGACUGCCGGUUUUCGAAUAAUGUAAAUAAGAAUCGAUACCGAGACGUUUGCCCCUACGAUUCUACAAGAGUCAUCCUGCAAUCGGCGGCUUCCGGCGAUUACAUCAAUGGCAGCUUUAUCAAUAUGGAAAUCCCGGCAAGCGGCAUAGUGAAUCGAUACAUUGCUUGUCAAGGACCGUUGGCCCAUACUACUCCAGAUUUCUGGAUAAUGUGCUGGGAGCAACUGUGUACGACAAUUGUCAUGUUGACAACAACAGUCGAAAGGGGGAGAGUAAAAUGCCAUCAGUAUUGGCCUAGGCUCUAUGAGACCCAGGAGCAAGGCCGACUAACGAUUACUUGCGUGAAAGACCGGGAAACGCCGAAUUGCUCCUAUAGGGAAUUUAAUGUGAGGGACAAGCAGAGCAAAGAAGAGCGCCGAAUAACUCAGAUGCAAUACGUUGCCUGGCCAGACCACGGUGUCCCAGAUGACCCACGGCAUUUCAUCCAAUUCGUUGAUGAGGUGCGAAGGGCCCGUUGUGGAUGCGUUGAACCUAUUGUGGUUCACUGCUCUGCCGGAAUCGGUCGAACUGGUGUGCUGAUUUUGAUGGAAACUGCCGCUUGCUUCGUUGAGGCGAACGAGCCGGUAUAUCCGCUAGAAAUCGUCCGGGUGAUGAGGGACCAGCGAGCGAUGUUGAUUCAGACACCUGGCCAAUACACCUUCGUCUGUGAAUCGAUCCUCCGCGCUUACGCCGAUGGAGCCAUCAAACCCCUCGCCGAAUAUCAAAGCAACCAAUCUCAAUUCAUGAAU